GCAUAAUUGGCAAAAGGAUAAAUAUUGAAAGUAUUCCAAAGACAUUUACAAUCUUUGAUAUUGUUAAUGCUCUGAAGGGUACAGGUGAAAUGUAAGUUAUGUGAUUAUAAUUAUUGGUUCGUGUUUCUGAACAUGAUGAAAAUGUGAGUAUGAUAUCUAACCUAAGUCUUGCAGUAAAAAUAUAUAUAAAAACCAGUCCGCCAGAGAGUACGACAUGUACAGCAGCAGUUGAAUACUCCUCUGAAGAAUGUGCCAAGGCAGUUGCAUCUUCUAAUGUAACUAUUCUAGGUCAGUCCUUUCCCGUGCAAUGGGCAGCAAGUGAAACAAGAACACAGACACAGAAACCAAAGCCGUAUGAUAAUGACUGUGAGCGUAAGAUGUUCUUGGGAAACUUGCCUGGGGAUGUGACCGAAGAAAACCUUUCUGGCCUUAUUGAUAAAUUGCUUCCGGUGAGCGUGUGUGUUAAGAGUAGCGCAGAUAAUGACAGAAAGUACGCAUUCUUGGAGUUUAAGAGUUCUUCUGAUCGAAACAUUGCACUGGGCCUAAUUGAAAGAGUAAAACAGGAAGGUGCUCUGGGAGAGGAGGUGACUGCUUCCCCAGCAUAUCCCUACAUUCAUGGAAGGUCAAAGAAAUGGAAAGUGAAGAAGAAUUCCCAUGAUAAAAAUGCAUCUGUUAAGUCCGACCAGAUUUAGUUGUGA